GUUGAUGUUUAUUUUUUAAAUAUAAUUCAAGUUAUACUUUGUGAUUUAAGUAGAGCAAAUAACCAAUAUUCUUCCCAUAAUACCUUAUGUCAAGAACAUAAGCUGGCUUCUCAUUAAAGAUAAAUCGGCAAGACACUCUUGCAACUCAUUUAAAUAACGAAAUGGAUUCUAAAUUGUUGUCGUUAUUUGCGGUACAAGGUGGCUGUAUUGAUUUUAAAACAUAUAAAAAUGAGUUUGAAACUAUGCGUCUCCUUUACGAUCUUAUGCCGGAGAAGAAAAGCCAAUUUGUACGUGUUUUAUCGCUUCAAUGGUUACAGACCAUGGAACAAAAUGAAAAUAUGGAGUUUGCCUUAAAAGAAAACAGUGAAAAAAUUCAAGAAUCCAAAGAUCUAAGGCAGCAGGGCAAUCGUCUAUUCACUGCCAAAGGAGAUAAACGUAAUGUUUUGGGAGCUUGUCGUCUCUAUAAUGAUGCCAUAUAUGCUGCAUUGGAUACCAAAAGUGACGAAUUGGCAUUAGGAUUUGCUAAUCGUGCUACGGCUCUACAAACAUUCGGUUAUUAUCAACAAGCCUACGAUGACUGUGUGUGUGCCUUAAAAUUCGGUUAUCCUGAGACAUUGCGUCAUAAAAUUAUAGUACGACAAGCUUAUUGUAGCAUCAAAAUGCGAGAUUUGAGUAGAGCUGAAAAACAUUUAAAUGAGCUGGAGGCAUUAACAUUGAAUAAUGGUUUCGAGAAGGAACGCAGGGAACUUUUGAAAGCUUUCGAUGAACUUAAAGGGGAAAUGGUUGAUAAGCCGGAAGAUUUAAUGGCGGAGAAAGAAAUUCCACUUAAUAGAGAAACUCAGGAAAUCAUCACUGCAGAAAAUGGACGCCGUAUGCAAGCAAAAUGUCUGAUCGAAAAGAAUCAAUUGAUAUUCACCGAAAGAGCAUCGGCUUUCGUAGCCGUUGGCGAUACACGUCGAGUGUGCCAUCAGUGUGGCUCGGCGAAUUUUAUACCCAUUCCUUGUUUACACUGCCGUGGUCGGGUAAAUUAUUGUUCUCUAAAGUGCCAAGAACUCCAUAGCUUUAUACAUGUGUACGAAUGUCCGGCAUAUCGUUUUCAAUUAUUUGCUCAUGUUGGCAUUGCUCACUUAGCAUUAAGAAUCGUACUCGAUAAUGGUCUCUACUCCAUACUGGACGAAUUAAAACUGGACAAUAAAAGCUCAACAUCCGAACUAUGGAGUGAACUCACAGAAGGUGGUGAUAUUUGGAAAAAUAAUAAUAUUCCAUACGCUGAGUCCCUGCGCAUGAUAACUCAUUUGAAUAAAAGGUCGAAUAUGGAUAUACAAUGGUUCGCCUUAGUCUCUCACCAUUUAGUUGUCUAUCUCAAGAGUUAUACCAAAUACUUUGAGGUUUUGAAUGCAACGAACAAACUCAUUGAUUGGGAACUAAUAACAGGUUCUUUGAUAUUACGUCAUAUUGGUCAGUCCAUAUCAAAUGGCCAUACCUUAACGACAAUCUUACCCAGGCCAUUAACGCUAUUAACCACAACCGACUUCCAUAUGUUAAAUGAAAAUGUCUGGUCGAGUCCUUGGCAUUUGAAAUUGGGAUUUAUGCAUUUCUUUAGCUACUACGAUGAUGUGGCAUCAUUGAAUCUGCCCUACUUGAGUUUGUGCAAUCAUUCUUGUGUACAAUCGUUUCAACCGAAAUUUUCGGGUCGCUUCAUCAGUACAUAUGCUUUGCGUAAUCUCAGUAAGGGCGAGGAGAUAACAAACUGCUAUGAUGUGGACUAUCGCAAAGGUAAGCGUGAGGCGAGACGGGAAAAACUGCAACAAACAUAUCAAUUCGAAUGUCAAUGUGAAAAUUGUCUACAAAAGGAUAGCGAAGAUGUGGAGUUUAACAAAUUUCAUCAAUAUCGUUGUGACAAUAGCAAGUGUGGACAAAUAUAUGUACCCAAUAUACCGGAAAAGCCCACAUUAAAUUGGUGGCAAAGCGAUAGUCCAAAUGCUAACAUAGAAACGACUCUCUAUUGUACCGCGUGUGGUUGCAAACAAUCCAUGAAAUGGUAUCACGAGAUGUACCGUCUAAUGUAUACAAUAAUGGAAUCAACUACCAGACGCCGUAUGUAUCAGAUAUUUAAAGAAUCGGACAAAUAUCUGCUGGGUUUAAAUGUUGCUAGGUCUUAUAUAGCCACGAAAUUGGUGAAUGAAUGGUUUAAGUUACCCAGAAUUAAUGUUCCUCUUAACGAUCAGGACUAUUGUGAUAUGAUUGAUAUGCUGAAAUAUGCUCUAAAUGUCACCAAAACUGAGAGUUCAGUAAAUUCAAUUGAAUAUGUAAUUUUAAUGAGUUAUUUGUGGGAUUUAUUGGCCAAACAUAAGUAUAAAUGUUCUAAAGCCGCUAUGAACGAAAUGCUAUGGGCUCUCGAAAUAAUUGCUGAUGAUUUAAAAGUGAUUUUUCUAAAUUAUUAUAAUGAUUAUAUUAAGGAAUAUUUAAACCUGUAAAUCUAAUUGUUUCGUUUAUUUGUUAGUGUUUUUUUUAUUGUAUACAGACGUUGAGUUAUGUUUAACAGAAUUCCGUUUGAAGAUUAAUGAAUACUAAGAUAUUACUGAUAAUACGUUAUGUAUUACUUUAAAUAAAUAAAUUGAUCAUAAA